AUGCUUGACCCCUCACUAAUAUUCGAUCAUCACAAUGUCUCCGAUGCUUGUCGGGAGCAGCUUGAACGUCUUGUCGACUACAAACCACCGGUCACCAUUCCAACUCCACUUCUCAUUCUCUGCUGUAUUCCUAUCAUCAUUAUCAUACUCCUUACUGUUUUCGGCAACUUAUUAGUGCUAUUCUUCAAAGCUCGUGUUGGCCGAACCAACACAACGCUUCUAGUCUGGAAUCUUGGCCUUACCGACUUCCUCGUCGGAGUGAUAGUGUUGCCUUUGGGUGCUACCCACUUAGCCUAUAGAAAAUGGAUAUUUGGGCGGUUUCUUUGUCGAGUAUGGGUCGCAGCUGACGUCACUUUCUGUACAUGUUCUGUUGUAAGUUUUGUCUUCAAUAGCAAAUCUUAG